GUUCUCAAACUUUUGUUAGGUGACACAAUGGUCUCUGGAAAUUUCUUGUAUAGAGCCACCAGAACAAGGGAAAGGAUGAAAAUCUACUACAGUUGCCUGCCAUAUUGCUUUGUUCUAAUGAUCUCCGGAAUUGCUUCCAUUCUCUUGGACAGCAAGAGCACAGCAUUUUGGGUGAUAAACAUACACACUCAGCAGAUGUUGUUCAUGGCGUUCCUUGUGAUAUAUAGCCAAGAGAUACUGUUCAAUGCUAACUUAGGAGAUAUUGACUUCAUCAACUGCACGUUCACCGCCUUCUUCCAUUUACCAGGCAUAGUGAUCCAUGCUGCUGCAAGACUAUACCUGCAGGAUGCAGAAAUUGAGCAACACAAUUAAAGCUGAUGCACCUUGGAAGUAUAGAAUAAAUAGAAAGAGUAG